ACCAACGUCUCAAUUCCUCUCUCUCUCGUGCUCUUCGCUCGACGACACACGAAAACCGGAAAGCCAAAGUUUUCCACAGCCAGGCUACUGUCGCUCCCGCCGGCAAUUCUCCCGGCUCGCCGUCGAGGAUGGUGUCUCCACUCUGCGACUCUAAGUUACUUAACCACCGCCCCUCGAUCUUCUCACCUACAUCUCCUCAAUUCGUGAUCGCCGAUGGAAUCAUCCUCCGUCAGAACCGUCUUCUAAACUCGUCGUCGUUUUGGGGAACCAAAUUCAGCAACACUGUGAAGUUGGGAGUAUCUGGAUGUAGUAGCUGCUCUCGGCGGAGGAGCACGAGUGUGAAUGCUUCACUAGGUGGUCUUCUUAGCGGGAUUUUCAAGGGUUCUGAUAACGGAGAGUCGACUAGGCAACAGUACGCAUCCACCGUCGCCUCCGUUAAUCGAUUGGAGACUGAGAUUUCGGCUCUUUCGGAUUCAGAGUUGCGUGGGAGGACUGAUGCGUUGAAGCAACGGGCUCGGAAAGGAGAAUCCAUGGAUUCACUUUUACCUGAAGCAUUUGCUGUUGUGAGAGAAGCUUCAAGGAGAGUUCUUGGACUCAGACCUUUCGAUGUGCAAUUAAUAGGUAACACAAUCUUGGUGGAAUGUAAUCUUAUGGUNAUAAGCUGCUAUUCGAAACUCGAUGACGUGGCAAAACAAGAGGUUAUCCACACGAAGUCGGGUCCAGGGGUAUAA